UGUAGACAUUAGCUGUUAGGCUUAACCAGCUAACGCUAUUAUUUUUGUUAAACAUGUUGUUUUAUUUGAUUUAGAUACUAUGCAGAGUAUUUUGUCACUCAAUGCUACCUCUUGUAAAGAAAUAAGCUGGAACAAACAAUGUAAAGUAUUUUGCUGUCGUUAAGUGCUACCUCUCGGCUCUAGUAAAGAAACAAGCUGAAAGUGAAACUAAAUUUCAGGCACCUCAGUACUUCCAAGUUCCAGUUGAUGUGCUGUACAUUUUUUCGUGUCAUGCUGCAAAAGGUCUCUAAUGGACAUGGAUGAUGAUACACAUCUGUGUCUUCGAUGUAACAGUACUAUAAUUGGACUUGACAAUUAUGUCAUACACCGUAAGGAACAUUGCACAGUAGCAAAGCCAGACACAACAAACCAAUUUCCAUCAAACUCAGUUUCUGGUUAUCAAAGUGUGACGGAUGUUUUUCAGUCUAAUACUUGUACACCUAGUGCCUCAGAUUUUUUUUCCUACCUAGAACUUCAGAGUACAGCAACUCCAUCUGACCCUUCCAAGAAAGAACUGACAUCUUCAUUCCAACAAGGUACUAGAACAUAUUCGGAACAAGAAGAGGAAUCAGACCAUGAAUUUGGAAAUCAUGAUGUGUUUGAGGAAAGUGAUGAUGACACUCAUCCUCCUCAGUCACACACUGGAGGAAAGUGGAAACCUGGGAGUCGACCAGAACAGUACACUCGAAAUCAGUGGGAAAGAAAUCCAUCAUCAGGAGAAGAUGAUGAAGAUUUAAAUUUAGCACUUUCAGAACCUUCCAUUCAAAGACAAGAUCAUGAGGAAAAAGUUAAGAAAAAGUUAGAAUGCAAACUGUGCAACAGAAAGUAUUCUGAUAAGGGUUCUUAUGAAAGACAUCUUGAUACAAGGCUUCAUUUCAAGCGAUCACAUUUAGAAAGGGAUGUUAGAUGUUUGACCUCUGGAAUCGGUCUUGACUCAAGUAAACAACAGUUUAAGAAAGCUCAAAGACUGAUACAUUUACCACAGAAGGGUGGUUUUGUCAAAAGUACUUUAAAGACAGAGCUUAAGUGUAUUCAGUGUUGCAAACGAUUUGUUAAACCAUAUGAAUUUGCACUGCAUCUUCUGAGCGACAAACACAGACAGGCAUUUAAUUUAAGAGAAGACUGGGUGAAUCAUGUAUUACAGAAUGAAGCAGUAAUGGUCAAAUCAUUGCUCUUCCGUUGUUUGAUUUGUUCCUUUUAUUUUGCUCAACAAGAGUGUUUUCUUGCUCACGUGAGAGAGAAACAACAUCUCCAGAAGGCAGCUCAAGCGAGGAGGUCCCUAAUUUGUACAUCAUGCCAGUAUGAAUGUUAUGCAAAUGACGAAAUGUUAAAUCAUUUGACUUCUGCUGUUCAUAACAAAAAUGUCACAGAAAUUCUGCCACAGCAUCCAGUUAUUUUAUCAGAAAAUUCUAUUAGAAAGUCAUGUGAUAUUUGUCCAAAGCAAUGUGAAAUAAAAAAGUGUGUGUUAUCAUCAGAGAAAAAAAUAAGGAAAGAGAAUAGUUCAGAUAGUGUAAUAAACCCAUAUAUAAACAACUUAACUGUACUAAACAACAGAAGUCUGAAAAUAUCAAAAAAUGGUCAUAAAUCAAAGCUUAUUCGAGAAAACAUAGUUAAAAUGAUAAAAAAUACGGAGUAUAAGAUGAGGAAAAACUGGUGUUGUAAGGAAUGUAAAAAAGAAUUUGGUAAGUUAGAUUAUUACAAACAUGUAUUAAGUAGUCAUCCUGAAAAUUGUCAUGAAUGUAAAAUCUGUAAAAUAAAAUUUUUCUCAUCCUCUAAACUGCAAAAACAUAUGAAUACAGCUUAUCACAAAAAGCAAGAAAGAGUUAAAACUCGCCAUGCCAAGCAUGAGGGAAAUUUGAUUUGUGAAAUGUGUAAUUGUGGCUUUUUGACAUUAGCUGAUAUUAUUUUUCAUAAAAUAGACUUUCACCAUUCUGAAGGUUUGGAGAUGCAUGUAGUGGGAAAUGUAGAGAAAAUGCAAGAGUCCAUGAAGGAAGUUGAUUAUCAAUUCAUAAGGAAUGAAAAGAAAAAUAUUAAAGAUAUCCAAAAACGGUAUCCUUGUCCAUACUGCAGAAGAAUUUUCUCUCGUGCGGUCCUUCGAAGUCACCUUAUUGUACAUACUGGUGAAAAACCUCACACGUGUCACAUUUGUAGAGCAACAUUUACACAGAAAGGUACUCUUAUGGUUCAUAUUAAACGACAUCUAGGGAUAAAAAAAAUGAAAUGUGACCAUUGCAAUUAUGCGUGUGUCACAAAAGGUGCUUUAAAUCGUCACCUUCAAGUCCAUUUGGUUGAGCGACCACGCCCCUUUUUAUGUGAAGAAUGUGGUUCUUCACAUUCAGAUAGGGGCAGCCUCAACUAUCACAUGAAGAUUCAUUUGAAAAAAUUUGAUUACAAAUGUCCUGUAGAUGGUUGUCAUCAUGCCUGUCGUUCAAAGAGUGAAUUAAAAAUUCACAUGUGUUCACAUACUAAUGAACGUCCAUAUCUUUGCGAUAAAUGUGGAUAUGCAGGAAAAACAAGUGGGCAGUUGAAAAAACACCAGAAGUGUCACACAGGUGAGAAGCCAUUUAAAUGUCGAUACUGUUCAUACUCUGCAACCUUUAGUAGUCAUCUCCGUCGACAUAUGAGGUUACAUACGGGUUCUAAGCCUUAUCAGUGUCCCUAUUGUUCCUACUCUUGUAACACACAAGAGAAUAUUCGCAAACAUAUCUUAAAAACAAAAAAACAUAUUGGAAAGAAAAUGUAUCCAUGUCGCUUUUGUGAGUUUGGUUGCAAUGACUUUCAAGAGUACAAGAAACAUCUUCUUGAUUAUCAUCUGGAACAUUUUCCUGAAGGAGAGAGAGAUAUUGAUUCAUCGUAUGUCUCUGGUUUGUAUACCAAAGAUAAUACUAAUGUUGAUGAUGGGUUUAUCCCAAUAGAUACAUUAGGUUCUCAGUCGGAACUAAGAGAAACGAGUUCCUGUUCACUUUCAAGAAAACACUGUAAGACAAGAAGAAAAAAAAAUAACACAACAGACGAUUUAAGGGGGGCCACUGUUAUUAAAGAUGAAGGUAAUAUUGUUGAGAUACCUGAGAUGGCAAGGCUUCAGGAGGUUGAUCAUGUUGAAAUCUCUACAGUUAGUGAAGCAACAGUAAAAGGUGUUACUGUUACUGCACAAGCCAAUUCAAGUGCAUUGACAUUAGACAACUUUGAGCCAAAGGUAGAUUUACAUCAGGCUGUUACAGGGGUUUCUGACACUGGUGUUUUAUCAAACACUAGAAUAGAAUUAGCAACUAGUGAUUUUUUUAUUACUGAUAACCCUGAUUACUUUAGCUCUGAACAGACUCUAGUGGAAGAAUUACCAGAUAGUUUACAUGGAAGUGUAACACAUGGUUAUGAAUACACAACUUACACAGAGGAAAAUAAUGCUGAAACAAUUAUUAUAUACAUGCCUGUGUGAAAAAGACUACAGUAAACGAUUUUGUUAAUCAAUUUUUUUGUUUUAGUCAUUGGACUUGAGUUGAUUGCUGUUAAUGGUGAAUCAAUUAAGGCAACGAAACCUUUAAAAUUGGUGCCUUUCUUGGAAAGAUGUCCAAUAUUUUAAAAAAGUGAUGAGAAUUUUUUUUUAUAGUUUUCUGAAUUAGCCAUUGCAAGAGAAUUACACCAUCUGAAGUUCAAGGUAGAUGAAACAGUAGGUAAACAUUUAUAGUGCUUGUUAAAUCAGGUUUUAAAUAUUCCUCAAGUUUUUUUCAUAUACUGUUGUAUAUAUAUUAUUAUUAUUUGCAUGGAAGAAUAUAAUUUUCCUGACAAAUGAACAUAUUAAAAAAGCCUAUAAUAUUCAGUUUGCAUCUUUACUGAAUUAAAAAUAUUUUCUGAAAAUUUUUAUACUAGAAUCAAGUUGGUUGAAAAAUGCUAUAUACAGUUCUUCCUUAUCUUUGAUGACUGUUAUUUGUCAAACCAGUAUAUUUUUUACAUUUCUCAAUGAAUUAUGCUAAUCAACUUAGGAAAAUGCUUGCAUACAAAAUGUUUUCAAAACAUAAAACUGCCCAACAUAAUUGUAGUGAAGGCAACAUUACCUAGUACUCUUAGCAUCUAAUUUCAUUUCUUACAUAUAUUUUUCUUUGGGAAUAUGAGUAUUUGGAACUAUGUCAAUCCAAGAUGAAAUAGUACAUGUUUUUAAAGAAACUUGUAUGAACCAAAGAGAGAAAAAUAAUUAUAAGAUUAAACUAAUUUAGCUAUUAGGCAUUUACUGUUGGUUUUCAUGAAAAAAUGAAACUAAAGUUGUUUCUUUUUAUUAAGACAAAUUUAAGUCAAUUUGUCAUGUUUUUCCAUAGAUAAUGAGAUUGUAUUACAGUUUAUAGCACAGACCAGUUAUAGAUCAUGAUAUAUUAUUUAAAUAUGUUAUAAUUACUCUCUGUUUUUGGAUACAAACAAAAAGAAAGAUUUGACUUGUGUGUGCAUGGAUUAAUCUAUCCUGUCUGAAAUACAAUAAUAUUAACAACAUAUGACUUUUGAAGUUCCUACUUCUGAUGUCUUUGUUGUAAAUCUUAUUUCUGUCAUUAUGUAAUAUGACAUUGAUAUGAACUACUAGUCAUUUCAUUUUUUGUAUCUUAUUUCUGACACUAUUAUGGUUUUUUAUAGAAGACUAUCACCUUAUCUUCUCUUUGUGAGGUUUACUUAUGAGUAAUACUGGUGUACUUUGGUUGCAGAUUUUGUUGAAUAAGACCGAUGUCUGUAGGUUUACUUUCUUCU